ACCGGUUCGCGGAUGGGAAAGUUGCCCUUGGUAGUUGGUAUGCCUGUGAUGAUCAUGCAUAAUUUCGACGUCGAGUCCGGAGUCGUGAAUGGCCUCACGGGGAUCUUAGUCAAUGUUCGUUAUCGACUGGACGACGAUGGAAAUAGACACGCAUUGUCCUGCGUAGUUCGAUCACCCGAUUCUCUAGGUGCCGGCAUUCCAGGCCUCCCUUCCGACACAGUCGUCGCUCUUGAAGAUGCAACAAGGAUAUCCUUUGAAAAC